AUGGCUUUGGCUUCGACAACCAUCAUGACCGUCGUCCCGGUGGCGGCGCCGACCAUGUCGGCCCUGCAAUGCAGCAACAAGCUCUUCCAGAUGCCCAUCCGCGACUCGGCCUGCGCGAUGCCGUACAGCGACAGGGGCGUGAACAUCAUGUCGAACUGCUGCAAGGAUGCCUCCGUCGUCAGCUACUACGACAAGUGCGGCCUCUACUGCCUCGCCCAGGGCCAAAACGUCGGCUCGCUCACCGACUGCUUCUACCGCGAGGGCGCGAGCUAUCAGGACGUCUUCUGCAGCGGCGGCCGAUCGGACGUGGCGAGGGGGACCGGCACCGGGACCAUUGUCGAACCCAACGCUUUUCCCGUCGUCGUUCCCAAGACCGGCCCGGCCGCGUCGCAGUUGAGCGCCAGCCCGUCCGCCUCGCCGUCCUCUGCGAACACGAGAAUGCAGGGUCCGGCAGGCGCCGUCGGCGUCGCCAUCGGCGCCAUCCUCCUGUCGGCCUUUGCCGUGGGCACUCUUCAGAUCUAG